CUUUUACCCUUUUUGACAAAUUGAAAUCAUCUUUGCAUUACGAAAGCAUUCCUCUUCCAAGCUCUCUAAACGUUAUUGCUAAUGGCGGCUGUUUCAUCUCACUCCACCUUCAAUAGACCUUUCGUUUCUCUCUAUUCCUCUAUUCCCAAUCUGGGUUUUUCCCAAGUUGUUGGAUUUUCAACUUCGAAACCAAAUUUCACCCUUUCAAAUUCCAAAACACUUGUAGUUUCUGCCAUUAGAGCUGAUGAAAAACAUGCAAAUGAAGACCACUCUGUCACAACUUCCGAUUCAUCCACCAGAACAAAUGUGAGGCGCCAUACUAUCCAAGUGUUUGUUGGUGAUGAAAGUGGAAUGAUCAAUCGUAUUGCGGGAGUCUUUGCUCGAAGGGGGUAUAAUAUUGAGUCUCUUGCUGUUGGUCUAAACAAGGACAAGGCUCUUUUUACUGUAGUGGUUUCUGGAACUGAAAGGGUGUUACAGCAAGUUAUGGAACAGUUACAAAAGCUCGUUAAUGUGAUCAAGGUUGAAGAUUUAUCAAAGGAGCCACAAGUUGAACGUGAACUAAUGCUUAUCAAAAUCAACGCAGAUCCGAAAUACCGUGCGGAGGUUAUGUGGUUGGUGGACGUUUUCAGGGCAAAAAUUGUGGAUAUCUCUGAUCAUUCACUGACUAUUGAGGUAACUGGUGAUCCAGGGAAGAUGGUGGCUGUUCAGAGGAACUUAAGUAAAUUUGGAAUUAGAGAAAUUGCGCGUACUGGGAAGAUUGCCUUGAGAAGGGAAAAGAUGGGGGAAUCUGCUCCUUUUUGGCGGUUUUCAGCAGCAUCAUACCCAGAUCUUGAAGUUGCGAUGUCUGCUAAUACUGUUUCGGGGACAACCAAGAAGACUCCUCUUGGAGAAUCUAUGUCUAUGGCUGAGGGAGAUGUUUAUCCUGUCGAGACAGAUGACAACUCUGGAGUCAAUCAAGUUCUUGAUGCUCACUGGGGUGUUCUCAAUGAUGAAGAUACAAGUGGGCUCCGCUCACACACUUUGUCAAUGCUUGUGAAUGACUCUCCUGGAGUUCUCAACAUAGUCACCGGAGUUUUUGCUCGACGAGGGUAUAACAUCCAAAGUUUAGCUGUUGGACAUGCUGAAGUUGAAGGGCUUUCUCGUAUUACAACAGUUGUUCCUGGUACUGAUGAGUCAGUUAGCAAGUUGGUGCAGCAACUGUAUAAGUUGGUUGAUAUUCACGAGGUUCGGGAUUUUACUCACCACCCAUUUGCUGAGAGAGAACUAAUGUUGAUAAAGAUUGCUGUGAAUGCUGCAGCGCGUCGCAAUGUUCUUGAUAUUGCCAGCAUCUUCAGAGCAAAAGCUGUUGAUGUGUCUGACCAUACUAUAACUCUUGAGCUUACAGGAGAUUUGCAUAAGAUGGUUGCUUUACAGCGGCUACUAGAGCCUUAUGGUAUUUGUGAGGUAGCGCGAACAGGACGCCUGGCGCUGGUACGUGAAUCAGGUGUGGAUUCAAAGUAUCUACGAGGAUAUUCUUACCCUUUGUAGUCUAAAAUCCUUGAGCUUGAGGAAAAUGCCUGCUCUUAGUGUAAACAUGUGUGAACAUGGAUGGCUGAAUUAAGUUGCAUAAUACAGAGAUGACCUCCAUGUGCGACUCUGCAGCUUUCAGAUCAAGUUCGCUUUCAUAAUAGUACAUGCUCUUCAAUUGUUUUAGCUUAGUUGCAAGGUUUUUUUUCUUCAAUAAAACGAAUAGGGUACAGUUAAACCAGUACAUAGACCUGUCUUUGAUAACUUUCUUGUGAACAAAGAAUCAUUAUCUUUGAGGUACAAUGAUUUUUCAGCACUUU